UUGAUAAAGCCAAGGAAUGCGUACACAUCGUUCAGAACCCCUUAUUUACCAGUAUGAUUAGCCUAUUCUUUAGGGAAGGGAACAGGUGCCUGAACGGCGAUCAAAGAUGUGAUUAAAACAGAAGUGUGUGUUGUCCUCCACCUGUCCGCCAGGGGACCGGUUUCCCCCGUUCCACCGUCUCCAGGCUAAUCCCUCAGUCGACGUCAGGAAUGGCCGACCAGGACAGCAGCGACGCAUCUCCAGAGACACAAGUCUCUGACUCUCAGACCAAAGCAGAGGAGAGGAGAUGGUCGGGUCAGACCCAGUCCUCCACCCCGACCGUAACAUUAUCACCUACUGACAGCAACAAUGCUGCUAACAAACCAGAGCCGUUGGUCCUCAAGAUCGACGAGCGACAGAGGCUGGCCCGGGAGCGUCGAGAGGAGCGGGAGAAACAGACCGCUGCCAGGGAGGCUGUGUGGCAGGAGAGGGAGGAGAGGGCCAGACACUACUAUGACAAACACCUGGAGGAGAGGAAGAGGAAGAUGGAGGAACAGAGGAGGAAGGAGGACAGGAGACGAUCUGCUGUGGAGGAGAAGAGAAGACAGAACCUGGAGGAGGAGAAGGCCCGUCAUGAGGCGGUGAUGCGUCGGACGGUGGAGAGAAGUCAGAGAGCCAAACACACACCCAACCACUGGUCCUGGGGCGGAGCACUGCCUGGAAACACACCCACCACACCCGGGGGUUUUGUCGAGUCGUCGUUCCUCUAUCCCCUCGACCUAGCAGGGCUGGAGCACCAUCUCCAAGGUGCAUUCAGUGUCUACCGCAGAUACGGCCUGAGCCACCAAUAUGCUGACAGACGGUCUGUGUCGACCAUGAACCUUUCUAAGCAUGCAGCUGAUCCAGUUAUAACCAAGAGACUGUCCUACUCCUCUGCCACCCUCUUAAAUUCUCCAGACAGAGUGUUACAGAAAAGGACCUCCUCUUCACCCUUACUUAACAAAUCACAGUCCAAACUCCGCCUACCAGGGGGAAAGACCGCCCACUACAAACCCCAAGGCAUGCGUUGUAUGCCAUUGACCCCAUGGGAGAACACAGUGGUCAAUCGUCUGCUCCAGCCCACACACUCCUACCUGGCACGCAGCCGCAGCGCCAUGAGCCUGUCUGGAGACACAGGAGCCAUGCCUGUAUGUCCUCGCUCGGUGUCCUGCCACCCUAUGGGAUCUAUGUCCUUCAAGUCCAUCCAGUCCCAGCCUCUGACCGUCUGCCGCAGCCAAGAGCCACGCCUCCCCGGGGACAUGACCAACCGCAGGAGGACCACCUGCAACGCACCGGAUAAACAUAAGGAUUUUGUCAGGAAGUCUUGGAGCAACCUCUCCCUGCCUCUGACCACACCUCCUCUGACCACGCCUACUACCAAGAGGUUCCGGUCACCAGGGAAACAGCAGAGUAGAGUGACAGCGCCCUCACCUGGCAGACCCCCCCAGAAGCUGCCCCCUCGCCCCUCCACCCCCAAGCAGCUACGGUCUCCCAUUGGAGAGGACUUGGGGAACCUCAGGCCCAGUAGGACAGUGCCAGAGAGCCUGUCUCUGAUUGGACUACAGGCAGGAGGACCUGAGGGAGACCAGGGGGCUGUGACCCCCUCCCAGCCACGCCCCCAGAGCCUGGGCCAACCCAAAGCCUGCCCCUGCACAGACACAAAGGACACACUGUCAGCAGUCAGCGAGAGUGUGGGCAGUUCCCCAGCCCAUAGGUCUACUGCAGGCACCACAGACCCAGAGGAGGCCACACGGGUCCUGGCAGAGAAACGCAGACAAGCCCGGGAACAGAGGGAGAGAGGGGAGGAGAGGAGAGGGAUACAGGAGGAGGCAGAGAGGUGUGGUAAGGCCGAGGAGAGACAGAGGAGAGAGGAGGAGGAGGAGAGAAGGAGGGAGGAGGAGGAGGAGGAGAGAGCCCAGCAGGAGAGAGAGGAGGCAGAGCGACAGCAGAAACAGAGAGAGGAGGAGGAAUGUCGUCAGAGGGAGGAUGCAGACAGACUGAGGAAGGAGAGAGAGAAACAUUUUCAGAAAGAAGAGGCUGAAAGGUUGGAGAGGAAGAAGCGGCUGGAGGAGAUCAUGAAGAGGACGCGUCGCUCAGAUAAAGUGGAGAAGAAAGCCACCCCUCAAAAGAACAUAGACGAAUCAGCGUCAAACUGUGAUUCUCCGGGCCCCUCAGUGAGCCUGUCGGGGCCGAGCACAGCGACCGCAAUGGAGCCUCCAGCCUCAACACUGACCCCAGCCUCAACACUGACCCCAGCCUCAACACUGACCCCAGCCUCAACACUGACCCCAGCCUCAACACUGACCCCAGCACAGCACUGCUGCCACCUGCUGACGAGAGGGAGAACGGGUUGUUUGAGGAGGUGAUUGUUCUCCCUGCUGACUCCAGACUUCCUCCUGGUGAGGAGCAGCAUGUACCUGCCACUGCGUUCCAGGAGAAUGGGAUCGUAAAGCCGCUGCGUGAAGGAGUAGAUGACACUCCAACACAACACAC